UUACAAAUACAAAUAUCAUGAAGUUAUUUCAUGAUUUAAAUAAGUUAUGGCCAUAAAAGUUUUAUGGCAGCGAGAGGCCCCGCGCAUUGCCGCGGCCGCGGUCAUGUCCCGCGGACAAUGAGGUCCGUACAGAACUGCAUCCUACUGGUCGCCUUCAUCGACGUCAUCUUCAUCAUUCCUUUUGCCGACCCCGAAAUAUUUAGUAAUAAAAUAGCGGCGAAAGACGCACAAGAUGUGAUCACCGAUCCAUUUCACAGAAAUGAAAUAAUAAACAAUUAUCUCAAAGCGGACGAUGUAAACACUUUAAAGAAGAUUAAAAUGAAGGCGCGUGCGUUGAGUUUAACGGUGAAGCCUCGAGGCAGCGAGUACGGCGCGCGCGGGCUGGAGGAGGAGCCGAGCGGAUUCCAGCAGGACGCCAUCAUGAACCUGUACCGUCCGGCCGCGGCCCUGGCGCGCCGCCACAAGAAAGAGGCCGAGGACUACCUCAGCUCCAGCUCCAGCGUAGAGAUGCAGAACUGGAAAGAGGAAUGGAAGGACAUCUGGCUGGCCAAGAAGCUCGAGGCGCUCAACUCCUCUAUCCCUAAGGGCGACACAGUCAACAUGGCCGCCGCGAGUAAGCCUACGUCCAUCACACACCCUCAAUUAGCUUCUAUAUCGACUAUUUGUUUUGUUGCACACAAAAUAAAUGGCGAUGUUAAAGGGCCGUGGGGCGUGCCGUGCGGCGACCCCAACCAGCAUGACAUGCCCUGGGGCACGUGCAUGCUGCCGAUGGAGUGCGAGGCGGAGUACCGCAUCUACCGCGGCGACUUCUCCUGCGGCCGCACCACCUUCGUGUGCUGCGCACUGCAACUCUCCACUUACGACAUGUACGGCGGCUUCGACAUCUCCUUCCAGGAGUCCAGCCUCGAGACCGACUCCGAGGAGAAGAGGGUGCGCGACGCCAACUCACGCGAGCGCCGCGAGCGGAAGAAGAAACGAGAGAAACGGAAACGGAAGCGCGACAGAGACAAGAGAAAGCGCAAAAUCAAGAAGAAUAUUCAGAACAUCAUAAAAGAGAUACGGAAAAUAUUGGAUAGAGCUUAUAAGAAUGGAACCGCAAUGAGAAAGAAGAAGACGAAGCAACUGAAGAGGUUUAUCAAAGAGUUAAAGAAGCAGUAUCGCAAGGACCGGCAGUCUGUGAAGGACAUCCACGAGAUGGAGAUCAUCAAGGUGGACGCCGCGCUCAUGAAGAAGCUUAACCAGAUACGGAUGCUCAACAGGAACUUCAUGCAAAACGCCACCUUCCGAGACAUCGUCAUCAACGGCACCAUGACCAAGAAGCAGGCCCGCAUGCUGCUGGAGUCCUACCCCGACCUCGAAGGGUACAUGACGCGUCGCGCAGCCUCCGCCCGGCCGGCGCAAGCGCCCGCGGACUCCCCCGCGGACUACGACCUCGAGUAUGGAUACUUGUACUAUUAAUUACAUUGAAGUCUCUA